AACUUCCGCCCCCAGAACUGUGCCGGGGCUUCACCCGGAGCUUAUGAGGCUGGUGGGCGUCUCUCAGGGAGCUGCAUUGUGAGCUAAACCGGGAGCUACGGUGUGAGCCAAACCAGGACCUACUCAGUGAUCCAGACCAGAAAAUACCCGGUGAGUAAGACUGGGUGUUACUGAGUGAGCAAGACCAGGAAAUAGGUUGUGAGCUAGACCGAAAGCUACUGCGUGAGCCAGACCAAGAAAUAAGGUGUGAGCCAGACCAGGAGCUACGGUGUGAGCCAGACCAGGAGCUGCGAUGUGAGCCAGACCAGGAGAUGCGGUGUGAGCCAGACCAGGACCUACGGUGUGAGCCAAACAGGCAGCGUCGAGGUGAGCCGGAUCGGGGACCCUUAAGCAUUACCGAUAAUUUCCCUGAUACUUGAAGAGGCUACUGAGUGGGAAGGCUAUUGAGAGAGUUCAAGAGACACCAGGAAACCGCGGUUUGAACGAAAACGGAAACCACCAACAUCUUCAGGAGAUCUCCCACUGCAGGCCAGCAGUAUCGCCAGAAAUAACGUGAACGCCUCGGAGCGCUGAGCCGCCACCUGUUCGUCCCGCAGUGUCGACGGCAGCACCAUGCCGAAGCUGGACCGUCAGUGUCCCGUGUGCGGCGUGUCCUCCUCCAUGGCCUGCGCUAGCUGCCAAACGGUCCAUUAUUGCAGCAGGGACCACCAGAAGCAGCACUGGAAGAAACACAAGCCGGCGUGUAAGGCGUGGAGGGUGGAGACGACGCCAGAAGAGGGGCGCUUCAUGGUGGCCACCAGAACCAUCCAGCCCGGCGACAUAAUCCUGCAGGAGCCCCCUCUCAUAGUCGGACCAAAGCAGGCUACCGGGCCCGUGUGCCUGGGCUGUCACCGACCUUUGACCUAUGACACAGCGCAAGGUCAACUCACACCCCCGGCAGUCCGGUGUCCGAAGUGCGGCUGGAGCCUGUGUCGUCCUGACUGCUCCAGAUGGCACAGCCGGGACGAGUGUCUGCUGUGGUCACGUGCGCGGCGACCUUUUGACCUGCGGCCGGCAGCCUCGGGCGCCUCGCCCGUCUACGGCUGCGUUGGCCCCGUGCGCUGUCUUCUGCUGCGAAACCAACCAGAGGCCUGGGCAUCCCUCAGCUCGAUGGAGCACCACCUGGAGGAGGCGGUGCGGAUCGGCUCGGCCAAGGCACGUGCCGUGUACGCGGGCGGCCUCCCUGCAGAACACGACUGUCGGCCCAACACGCGGCACUUGUUCGACGACGGCUACAACAUCACCGUCCGCGCUACCGUCAGGAUCGCGGCCGGUCAGCGGAUCACCACCAGCUACACGCAGGCACUCUGGAAUACCGCCGCUAGGCGACAGCACCUGUUGUUCAGCAAAUGCUUCAGAUGUCGCUGCGAGCGCUGCCUGGAUCCGACUGAGCUGAACACCUGGCUUAGUUCGCUGUCUUGCCGGGGUUGCGGCGGCCCCCUGGUCAGCACAGAGCCUCUCGAGGCGGCUGCUGCGUGGCGCUGCCAUCGUUGCGGCAAAAAAUCCUCGGCGGAGGAGGUGCAGGAGAGACGGGGUUCGAUGGCACAGCUGACGAAGACGGCGGAGCGGUCGGUGGAGGGUCUGGAGGACGUACUCACCCAGCUCGACCCCUCCUGCAGCCAGAGGGCGGAGGUCAACUAUGCCCUGGUGCAGCUGUACGGCACCGCCUCAGGCUACACGUGGCCAGAAUUGACGGAGAAGCAGUUGGAGAGGAAGGAGCAGCUGUGCCGGCAGCUGCUGCUGCUGGCGGACGCUCUGACUCCCGGCCAGACGCGCUUCAGGGGCGUGCUGACGCUGGAGCUCUGCAGGACGCAGAGACAUCUGUCGGUGAAGACACGAAGCCCCGACACGGUGCGGUGGAAGGAGAUUGCCACUCUUCUGGAGGAGGCUUCCACUAUUUUAUUCUGCGAGCCUGGCUGGCUAGAGGAGCUGGCCAGGGAGGAGAGACAGCUGAAGAAGGACAUCACACGCUUGGUGGCGCCAUAGCGGCUUGGUGGAGUGCUGAUGUCGUUAUAGAAAGAUUGCGCGUUCAAGUCUCGGCACGCGCUGUUUUCAGCUUUCUGCUGCUAUUGGCUUGAUUGCCGCAGUCAGGACAUUGCUCAUGAGUGGGACCGGAUUGAGCCAUAAGAGCCUUUCCAGCUAGGCAGCUCUGCUUAGGCUUACGUUCUUUGUUCACUGAUUCAAGGCACCGUCAUAGGCUUAGAUGCUAUUUUGAUUAUUUGGACCCUUCUUACCCAUCUAAAACCCGACGUGCAGCCUAGAUUGCUAAAAAUGCCAGGACUUUUUGCCAGUGCCGCCUCCAAUUGUGGGGAAGGGGGAGGCAGCACGACCCCAAAACUGCCCUUUGGGG